CAUUUAACAAAUGUUUUAAGCAAUCACAGCUAAUCAAUACAUUUUAAAUUUGCUAUCUUUUUACACCAUCUGAACAAAACGACACAAUGGACAAAUCAACCAUAAAUGAAAAAAGCAAAAGCAAACGGAGAACAAUCGAUUCAAAAAGCGGAUUUUAUGACAGCGAAGGGAAUUUGAGGAAAAUCACAUUGCAUUUGUUAGCCGCAAGUCCACGGCACGACACGAGAAGGCCGCCUAAAGUUCCGCCUCCGAUUCGGCCAUCGUCGUCUGUUACUAAACCCGACUCCAAAAAUAUAAACCAAAGAUCACGACCGAACACUGGUACCAGCACUGGAAUGAAGUCACGAGUUGCAUCUAGUAAGACUUCGGGUUUUUAUUCCGGGUCGCCGUCUUCGUUUGAAACUAAACGAGAUGACCCCGCUAGUCGCAUGGACAGCCGGAUAACAGUGAUUACUCGGGCGUCAUCUGCAAAAUCGGAAGUUACGAGUCGAGUUAAAAGCUCUGAUUUGGGUUUGGAGCGAGACGAUAUUUCGUCUGUUACAUCGAAACCUGUAAUGUCUCCGGAUUCUCGGAAAUCGCGACUUCGCAGAAGUGGCAAAAACAGAUCGACAGUUAAUGUUAAUUCUAAUUUGGAAGUGACUGCGAAUCUAUCAGAUUCGCUGCUGAGUUUGAUAGAGGCAGCAGAGAGGGGGGACGAGGAAAGAGUGGGGGAGUUGGUGGGACUGUACGAGGAGGGGGAGUUGAGGAAGAGACUGGGUCAGGUGCGGACUCCACUGCACAGGGCGGCUGGAUACGGACAACUGGCGUCCAUCCAACAACUCGUCCAAGCUGGUGCCAACGUAGAUACCAAAAAUGACCUUGGCGGAAGAACGGCUCUUCACGAAGCCUGUAUUGGAGGUCAUGCUCAUGUGGUCAAGUACUUGACCUCAGUCGUGAGUUCUUGUGACGUAACUGAUGGUCAAGGUCAAACGGCAGCUCAUUUGGCUGCCUUCCACGGGGAGUCACAGUGUCUAGAGGAACUGGCUCGAGCACGGGCCCUCUUGCACCAGACAGAUAACCAGGGCAAAACUCCGGCCCACCUGGCGGCUUCCAGGAAUCAUCUUAGUGCUCUGCAGACCCUCAACAAUUUCAACUGUGAUCUGGACAACGCAGACGAGAGUGGAAAGACGCCAGCACACUACGCCGCACAGGCCGGAGCCUUCGAGUGUCUGAAUUUCCUGAUCAAGCAGGACGUGAACAUCCGAGAGAGUGAUUUGCUCGGUCAGCAGCCGGUGCAUCUGGCGGCAGCACACAAUAGAAUCAAGUGUCUCCGGGGUCUCAUUACAAAAGCAAGGUGUGAAUGGGACUGUGAGGACAGACGGGGAAGAACUACUGCACAUUUGGCUGCAGUGCAUGGAUCCAUAGAUUGUCUUCAUUGGUUGCUUGAAUACUACGGCGACCCCAAUGUAGUCGACCGAGAGGGUAACACAGUGACUCACUUGGCAGCUGCAUUCGGGAAGGGAGACUGCUUCAAUUGUUGUCUGCAACAUGGAGGCAACCUGGAACUGAAGAAUGCGAGAGACGAGACUCCGUUUGAUUGUGCGAAACGCAAGGGUCACCCAGUGUCCAUUCAGAAAGCACUCACAAACACGGUCAAAUGUCAGUUUUGCGUGGAGAAACACCAGCAGUUUAUGUGGGAAGUCAACCACCCACAGCCAGAAGCCUCCAGAAAUAUCCAGAAAGUGUCCAAGGUAGCCUACAAGCCAGUGAUGCCUAAGCAGCAGUUCAUUGAACACGAGAACAUUACCAGGCAACCGACAAGCGAAGUGGAGCUGAACAAAAUAAAAGCGGAGAAGAAAAAACUCGACUUCCUACCAAAGAAAGACAUUGUAGCGCAGUUCUAUGGGAAAUUUUAAUUAUUCCAUGAAAGUUAACUCUUCAAAGUUCAUGGAUUUAUUUAGAAUUUGAAAAUGAAUUUAAAUUUUCUAACACUAAA